GUACAAGCAGCUGGACUGCACUUCCGCAUGUGAUAGUGAAUGGUGGAAGCUCCUACCACUAAUAGAAAUUUCGUAUUUUACUAUUUUUAAUGGACGGAAUUAAUAUUUUAAAUGAAUUAAUGACAUAGUUGCAAUAGAAACCCAGCUGGACAAAAGGUAAAGCAACAGUUUCUCCUCAGACACCAGUAGGAAUCAUGGGUCGGCUGCCGCAAGGUCCAAAGACGGCACACGUCAAUGCCAGCUAUGGACCCGAUGCAGAUAUCAUGAAGUUCUUCUCAACUACCUACUCCUCAACCUACGGCAAAGAUGGCUACAGUCCAAGAACCGGGAAGCAUGUUGGGACAGGCUACCAGUCCAACUUCCGUCCUGGAGUGUACUACAGCCAGCGCAUUGAUAUAUUGGACAACCCAGCCAUGGAGAAACUCUUACGCAAGCAUUAUACCUCCAUCACAAAAAUGCACUUCAACCCGUCCCGUGAUUCUGAUGGUCGCGACCCCUUACCUUUAAAUCUGACACAGGUUGGAAGUGGCUUCACGAGACAAGAUCCCAUCACAACACCCACUGUCAAUAAUGUACGGCAUGUUUGUGUUGAUACUCGUAACCAUGGUAUUGGGCCAGCCAUCAGUGGCGUUCUUCCCAAGCACAGACCACUCCUUCACAAACUCCAAUCUAAGGAUCCAGUAUCAACUGAAAAUGCUGCACAUGGGCCUGGCUUCAUGUCAACUGAGUCCAAAGUUCGUUUCCAAGGAAGGCCGAGUGUACGUCUUGAUACAUCGACCAAAACUGUUGGCAAGAAGGAAGGGUCAGGAUACACACAUGCCUACAACGUUGAACCAAUCCAAUUUCAUCCUGGGUCUUCAUUUUCCAAUGAGCUGCCAGGUUUCUACACUGAUCGUCCAACUGGUGUGAGUGUUAUGAAGACUUCAUUUUUGCCAUCAAAAUAUAUGCAGGGAGAUGAGAAGUUACCAGUUGUUGCCAACCGAUCGGAACGAGAGACUGGAUUCACUCAUGAGAAGGCAAAACCACUCUAUGUCAAUAGAGUCAUGACAGAGGCUUACACCACCAAUGAUCAAGUGCCCAGUGCCGUUGAGGACAGAAUGAAAAAGUCUGAUCCUGCUGAGUAUCUGAACAUGACCAAUCCCGACAAUCAUUCCUCCAUUACCUCCAAGAGUUUCCAGGGUAAACAGAGACCUGCACGUAGCGAGCACGAACGACUUGGAAGGUACUACGUUGGGAAUAAGGAACUGUCAGGAUAUAGUGACAACAAUGAUAAACCACAAGCACAGAUUCCUGUUGAGCCAAUGAGAUGGAUAAGUCAUUAUGACACAAAAUUCUACAACAUGAAUCCUAAGGGUAAAGCCCGAGCUGGUCGUACAUUUGGUAAUGUCAUGGAUCAACUACCUGAUGGUUUCACUAAGAGUACAGCUGUCCAUUCCUAUGGUCCUGAGAUUGAUUCAACAGCUCAGCUUCGACAGCUUCAUCCCUAUGUGGCAAGGAGCAUCAAGGCUCGAGACACUUUCUACGAUGACCAUAUCCAUGAUGCCAAGAAACACAUGAGCUUCAAUCAUAACAUCCCCCAAGUCCUUGCCAGUGUAUAAGGCAGUUCAUUCAGCCUGGGUGGAGUCUUGACAGAACACUAUGGUUGCAUUCGAGCAUGCUACUCAUGUUAACUAGUAUACAAUAUACUCCUGAGUGCAUGAUCAGCAUGAGUACGACCCACAGGUCAACGAAAGAACAUACUCUGUUAUAGCAGGGCUAUGCUCUUGGUCCGAGUGUAAUGCUCUUAAACCAUCUUCAUGCAUUCGGAAGUCAACAUGAGUAGCAUGCACAAAUACACCCUGUAUGCUUACUGACUCAGAGAUAUAUACCUUAAUCCACAUUCAUUAUCCUAACAGUGAAGAGAGAAUACUUGGUUGUGUACAGGUCUGGUCAGAACAUCAUCACACCAUACAUGUGUAUCAUGCAGUAGAAAACGUCUCUGUUUUCACAAAAGCUCAGAAUGCUCCUUCCUGAAAUGUUAGAUUCAAAGCUCACUUGGAUUCUUCCUUGAAUGAAGUUUCAGUCUUGUGAAUACCUGAAAAUGUAAAUAAAUCCAAGUAACCUGCUGUGACCAUUGCGAACAACCACCCGUUCAAAAAAGUAAUAUGUUAUUGUCAUUAGCAACAAUUUAGAAGUGUGUGAUUUGUCGUAUUGGUACACUGGUCUAUGUUCAAUGCAUUCAUACUAUUAAAUGCUAUCCCAUGCUCCAAGACGACAGACACCAGACAUGCCAGAUACUUAAAUAGAUGCACUCUUAUAGGAUGACGGCUAGUUAUUAACAUUUCACCUUUAAGAAAUCAUGAUAGAUUUCUUUUGAUUUUUCUUCAAAAAUGUUGGCUAUGGUUUGACCAUCAUAUAUUCUGCAGUGAGAAUAUUUUUAGCACAAAGUGGUAAUUAAUGUCAAAUAUUUUUUUUUGAAUGUCAUAAGAAUCAAACACUAAACAGUUAAUGCAUUAACUGCCUUUUGUAUCAGCAAUGCCGUGUUUUUGUAAAAUUGUAAUUGCAUUGUUACUGCUUCCAGUUUUCUUUUGAGGGUAAAUUAUAAUUUUUGUACUUCAGCUAAAUCUUUGUUUUCCAUUUUUCCUUCUGUUGCUUCUUCCAUUUUAUUUUUACUGUUUUGGCAUUGACUUUUGUGAGUCAAAUGAACAAAUUAGUUAGUAGUUUUUCAAAGGCUGUUUUGACUGAUUCACUGCUUUCACUAUUGUCCAUUGCUUUACCCAUCGCUUCCUGCAAUGUGAAAUUUUUUAAGUCACAUAAGUUUUUUAUCAAUAAGGCAGUUGACAUAUAACGCAACUUAAUUGCCAUUGCAUGAGAAACCAAGAUUUUUGUCUGAUUACAUAAUAAAAAUGUUUGCAUAUAGUAGUAUUUUGAAGCACGAUAAUGAAAUGUAUAUGGAAUGUAGUUUAAAGUAAAAAUCCCCUUUAAUGGAAUAA